UAGCUUUUGGAGGUGCUCGGGAGCAAGCCGUGUUUUCUGUGCGUGCACUUCGAAGAAAAAUCAUUCAAAACCAGCAACCGUUCAAACCGACUUUUUUGCGCGAAAUUUCUCACUGAAGCAAGAGGAACAUUUUACGAAACUAGUGGAAACAAAUCGCGUCGUAAACAAAUUCGGAAACAACAUUGCAGUAACAAGCAGUGAAGGAAACGCAACCGUAACACACAAUCAGUAUGGUGCAUUUCGGAAACAGGAUCAAAAGACACGAUUAUUGUGUAAAUUUUUAUUGAACGACAUGGGAAGAAAAGUUGCAAAAUAUCUGCUUGAAAGGUUAUUUUUAUGAACUGUCCGCGUUUUCGCGGUUAUCAUUGCUUGAGGAACGAUAGAAGGGCGCGUUUUUCAGAGCGCAACAAAGAAUUGUGCAAAAAAGGUGUGACAGUUUUACUUAUAACUGAUUACAGUUGAUACCGUGAAAUCUAAUGGAAACCGUUCUGUGAAAUUUUUGUGUGAUCUUGAGAUAUACGAAUAUUUCGAUAAAUUCAUGAAUCGUUACUUUUUAUCAUAAUUCCAUAGAUUGUGAAGCCCACAAACCCAGCAGGCAGCUAGCAAAAACUUACUUCAACAAUCCUAUACAAAUAGUGUAACACAGAAGAAAUAAAAGAAACGAUUCGGCAAAAAGGACCUUCACGGGGGAAGUGCUGCAUUUUUUGCUGGCCCUAACACAAACACAUAUUUCCAGCAGGCGCUCCGCAACCCGCCUAGCUCCGGGUAGUAGUGGGUGCUGCUAGGGGAAACCCGACUUUUCCGGGGUUUGCAACAUAAAGUGCAAGGGUGCAACCGGCAGUUCGUUUUCGUGCAGCAAUCGAGGAAGUUGUGAACCUGUUAGAAAACCCAAGGACCUUAAACGGCCGGCUACAAGCAGGAAGGCGAAAGAACAGCUCUGUGCAAACCGGGAAGUGAAGUUUGGUUCGUGUGCAAGGUAGUAAAAACGGAAAUCGAUCUAUGUAAAGUUCGAAGAAAAUAAAUUUGGCAGUUUUUCUUUGGUUGCAAACAAAAAUCCGUUUGGCAGAGGAAGAAGGUGGAAAAAAUUGAAAAUUUUGGAAGUUAUUUUAAGUUAUUCGAAACGUCACAGUAAAAUACGGAAGAAGAGAGCGAGUGACAAAACUUCAUAGUGCGGUAUUUUUAGAUGGAAGUGCAGUAUGCCGUCGAAAUAUUACAGUUAAAGCCGAACAGAUUAGUUAAGCAUUGUGUAAAAAAGUGUACAUUUUGGAAGUGAAUAAGUUUUAAAUUAUACAUUAUAACGCAAGUAAUUGCAGCGAAUAAAGGGGAAAACGAACAGAUAGUUGAUUAUCCCUUACGGCUUAUGUUAAGGAAAAUGUUCAAACCAAUCGCUAAGAUCCAGUGCUCGCAAAUGAAAUUCUCGCGCAGAUUCACGAAUUUGGCCGGAAAUAGCUGCAGCAGCCGUACUUGCAGCAGUAUUUGCCUUGAAGUUUGCAGUUGCAUAUGAAAAGUUCCGUCGCCGUUUCAGUCCUCUUAGAUGAGUAAAAUACGUUGCAGGCUGCAUCGGAAGCACCCAACGAAAAGCUCGAUGUAGAACAUUUCGGUCAAAACGUAAAAAUACAUACCUUUCGGUUCAAAAUUAACAUUUUUGGCAAACACAUACAAAAAAGUAAUAAGCACGGUACGACAUCAAAAUUUUGCGACAAAAAUUGUCUGUUUAGAGAACAAAAUCACGUAAAGUAAAAUCAACCGAUACGGGAGAAAUUCUGAUUUGGAUAUCGUAAAGUUAAACCCAAAAUCGAAAUUCAUUGCAAACAACUCGGCGUCUGUUUUUCGCGAAACAACCGGCAUUUGACGAGGCAAGCGGAAACCCUGUGAAAAUUCUCGGAUACGGAUUGGGGGCACACACGAAGUGGUCGUUCAGAUAUCACCGAUUCGCCGAUAAUAUUGAAUAGAAUCCAACACAGUUUGUCGCCUGUGACAGCCUGUCAACAGUAGCAGAAGCAGAAGCACCAUUCGAAAACGCCACGCCGAACCCACACCAGCCGUCAGUCACAAUGGAUCAGCAGCAGUACUGCCUGAAAUGGAGCAAUUAUUCGUCGAACCUGGCGGCGGCCUUUUCCAACCUGUUCGAUUCAGCAACGCUGACAGAUGUCACACUGGUCUGCGGAGGCACCAUCUUCAACGCUCACAAGGUCAUCCUGGCGGCUUGUUCAAAAAACUUUGCCGAUCUGUUCGAGCGGGCUCCAGUCGGUACGGGACAGAUAUGCGUCAUGCUGGAGGCCACCUCCGCAGACAACAUGCACGCUUUGCUUGAGUUUAUGUACAAAGGUGAAGUGCACGUGUCACAGAAGGCGCUGGAAAGCUUUCUGAAAGCCGCUGAGAAUUUGCAGGUCAAAGGUCUCACGACAGAGCACGGUAAAUUUGCUAGCGCAAACGCGGCCCAACCUCAAACGCCUAACAACCUGCCAUCACCCGCCUCCCGCCGGCAGCAACGAAACUCAUUGUCGGCUUCUCUCGAGUCCAUCAAUCGGGUCGUUAAAAAUGAACCUCUAUCCGGAAGCGGUGGAGGAGGGGGAGGCUGUAUAGGUGGUGGAGGCGGCGGGGGUGGUGGAAGUACGACACCGAAUUUCUCAUCCUACCUGCAGCCGUCCUAUCUACCGCAGCCGUACGAAUCCUCCAGAAAGCGUUCGAUUCGCAGUCCAUUUUACGAGCACCAGGAAGCCACCGCCAGAGGAAGCGUACUGCGGGACGGUAAGACCAGCGUCCCCGGCAACGACAGCCCGGUUAGCGGAAGCAAAAAUUAUCGGCCCUCGAGCAGCGGAUCAUCGGCAGCGGCGACGGAAGCGGACACGGUACACACGGAUCGGGAUUCGCCGCAGCAGUCUAACCGCUAUGAGAACCACAGCCCCAGUACGACACAUCACGGCAACGGAAAUGGACCGGUAUCUUCGAACACUUUGGAAAGGGACGACCGAAGCGAACGGGCGUUAUCUGAGGACAAGCUGAAAGGUGACAUCAGGGAAGGAAAUGAGGCUGGUGCCGAGGAUCUACGAGUGAAAAUGGAAAUGCGACCGAUCCAAUCUCCUUUGACUUCGUCUGCCCCGGCUACACCAACGACGCCGGUGGGAUUCAUCAAUGUGAAAGGUGGGCUACCGGGUGGACUGGACGGAACGAUGCCCUCGGUGGACGUAUUGACGAUGUUGAGUGCUCAGCGGGCCGGAGUAACAGCUGCCGAUGGUUCUCUUCCGCCCGGAAAGAAGCUACAGUGCCAUCUCUGUGAUCGCCAGUACGGCUAUGAGACGAAUCUGCGUGCACACAUUCGCCAGCGACAUCAAGGUAUCCGUGUGCCAUGCCCCUUCUGCAGUCGGACGUUCACCCGGAACAACACGGUCCGGCGGCACGUCGCCCGAGAGCAUAAACAGCAGGAACAGUAUAUGCAGAAUCAGCUGCAUAGCUAAGAUGUUGCUGUUUGCUAACAACCGAACGUAUGAACGUAUAUUUGGAGCUUCUGCCAGCAGACCAUCGGCUUUAAAACUCACGAGGAAGUAGAAGCUAAACAAGUGAUAGGAAAGAAAUACGCUGAAAUCCGAAAUUUACUUCGCAAACAAACUCCUAAGUAAAAACUACCAACUAGCUACUGUAAUAGGCAGGACAUAUGGAGCACGAAACUGGCACUAGCGCUGCUAUCGAAUUGCUGCUUCGACUUCCAAGAAGGGUACAUAAGAGUGCCCACAAUUUUGAGAUGUAUUUUACGCAGUCAUUGGAAAGUAAUAAUACUACCGGAAACCACCAUUGGACAGUUUACUGGUAGUAUUGCGAUUCGUUUGUUUUCGAAUCGCUUGCCUCGUUUAUUUCAAACCGUUGAAUCAAUUUUUUCCUUAAUUCAGUUUCCUUUUUAAAAAUACUGAACUUUGAUUUUUUAGAUUGCGGUUUUUUGUUCCGGUCAACAAUUUGCCCAGGAAUAAUCGCAACAUUUUUUCAACAUUUAUACAAAACGUUAAUCACCACAAGUGUCAUUAUUUAAUAAUUUAAAAAUAAAGAUGAUAAACAUAGUUGAAGUAAAUCAAUUCACAAGCGUAACUGAUACAUAGGCAAGAUAUUUGAGGAUAAUUUCAUUUUUGUGCAAGUAAACUACACAGAUUUAUAUCAAUGAACGAUAGUUUCCUCACACAAUACAAGUUUAAAGUAUCUAAAAGAAAUAGAAGAGAAAUAAAUUAUGAAAAUGAAUAUACAAAGUACCUGCUGAUAAUAAGAAAUCAUAGUUUAAUGAGAAUAUUUAAAUAUAAAUAUACGGAUAAAUAUUUAAAUAUAUUGUAACAUAGGAGCGGUUGCAGUAAAGCAGUGGAACCGCAGGGAAACCCAAACUACUCGCUGUCAAAAAGACAUUUCAAUUAUUCAGCCGAAGAUGAGAAGCUAAACAGAUAGCGGAAAUACUUGAUCUGUACAAAAUAGACACCAAGCUGCAGUCAAACUAGACAAAAACAUAUAAACGAUUGCAUUGUUUUUUUUUGCGAUAAGUUCUGUUUCGUGUGCUCGGGAAGCACAGAAAGAAACACAACUUUCUUCAAUACUGCGAACAUAGUAAGAAACUGGGUGCCUACUAACAGAUACUACUACUAUUACUAUUACUACUACACGGAUUAACAACAGUUGAAACAGAACUUCUACUACAACAGCUACUGCUCUGUUGCUGCUUAAUAAGGCAGCCAAAAUAGUCAAAUCAAUAGAACUAUCUAGUUACUUGUUAUAUCCAAUUGAUCUCAGUUCAAGUUCCAACAAAGAAACUAUUACACACACAAACAACCCCCGAGAACCGAGAAGCAAUUUGCGGCUCCUGUUUACUGGCAGAAUGUGAUCGUUUCAAAGCAAGGUCGCAGUUUACCUCGCUUAGCUAAAACUGACAGUACACAUUGAGUAGUUCUGUCAGCUUUGUUUUUUUUCAUUAUUUUUCUUAUCCCCAUUUUGACCAAAAAUAAAAUACAUCUCAAAAGUAUUGGAAAGUGUGGGUGACACGACAAGAAGCGCGCUCGUAGUACCAAAUUCGCAGCCAUCAGUGAUAAUAAACACAAAACAAAACCGAAAGGACUUUGUUUUUUAUUAGAGUUUUUGUUUGCCUGUCAAGAACAGCAAGAUGCAUAACAGAAAAUCAAAUCAAAACUAAUGUGCUCAUAUUAAUGUAUAAGUUUGAAGGAAGAUACAGCAGAGAAUAGAGAUCCCGAUUGGAUCUGAUCUCCGAACAUGAAGACAAGCAGAAACUAUUCAAACGCAAGCGAUUGAAAGGAAGAAAACGAAAGAGAGAAAGAGGAGGUUAAUUCUGAUUGGAUAAUUGCAUUUGGAGUUACAGAUUAUUUUUAUUAAUAGCUUUUCCUGUUAAGAUGCGUCAACCGAAGUUACCUAUAUAUAGCAAGACAGCAAAAUUUUUAUUUGCGCUACAAAGAUGCUAAAGUGAACAUUUCUUUUUUUAUGUUAACAAUUGAAUAAGUAGUAAGCAGCAGUCCUUUAGCAACAAGUAUACUUUUAGUGUCAGUUUUACGAUACCAGAACGCAAUAUUACGCUCGAAGUUUGGAGCUGCGGGCCCCACUUCAGACAACGUUGUAGAUUUUUUUAAACGGUACCAACUAAUCAAGAGCUAUUUAAUUUAUUUAAGCCAUAUUUAUUUGUUCUUUUUUCCACUCGCGAAAAGCAUUGUUAACUCCAAGCAAACCUUCCAUCUAGCUCAAUUUUCCGCAACGGAAAAGUUUCAGUACAGAUUGAAAGCGUUAUGGAUAUGAGUUGUUCAUAGUUAAACAAAAAAAAAAAAAACAAAAUAGGUGAAAUGAAACAAUAAUAGUGAUAUUAAAGAAAGUGUACCCUUAUUGAAAUAGACUCAACAUUACAUAACAUCUGUUAAACCCAAUAGUAGCAGCAAUACACAAAUAUAAACUUAACUACAAGGAAGAAAACUUUGAGUUAUGUUCGGGAUCGGCACAAACUUGUCUGCUGAGCUGCUGGUAAGCACUCUGCGAUAGUUUGUGCCAAUCGAAGAACGGUUCCCGAGAGCAAAAAAAAAAACAGUUUGUUUUAAAAACUGCCAUUAAUAGUCACUGAAUACCUCAUUUUUUUAAGUAGAGAUACAUUCUCCUAUUUUAUUUACCAACAAAUGAAUCCAUUUUCUUCCUUAUAGUUUAGAUUGCGACAAAAGUCAUAAUCAAACAAGCAAACCAUAAAAGAUUGAUGAUCAUUGAAAUCAACUACCUCCAUUUAUAGCAAGCAAGCAAACAUAAAAACAAUACAUAGUGAGAAAGCAUUUAAGACACUUCUACUGCAAUAGAGCAUUCGUUUUUUUCUGUCAUUGUUUUUCAAGAGAAACAAAAAAAACACAAACAUAUUGCAUUUUAUAACAAAACAACUUACUUUAAGUCACAUUUCAAAGCAGUCUCCAGCAGACUUCGAAUCGGUUCAGGAUUUUCGUUCGGAACGAGAAAUAAGAAGCAGGGCAUAAUAAUUUAAAAUUUAACGUGUUUGCAGCAAACAGUACACUUUCACAGGCAUAAAGCAUCCAAAUUAUCAGUUCAGGCGAGCAAAGAGAAAAGUUUCGGAUUAAGGUAAAAGAAGAAAAGAAAACAUUAGCAAGAAAGAACAGCAAAAUUUUUUGGGCAAAGUUGAAAAAACAAAGAGAUAUUUCGGACGUAUAAAAGGACGAUUUCGGGCCGCAAAAUGCCACAAUCGAAAAUGGCGAUAACAGAUAUGCACGUUUGGACAUAUAAACCAGGAUGAAAUCGAACGAGAAAAUCAAGUGCGAGCACUUUAAAAAUUUUAUUAUUAAGGACAAGUCGAACAGAGAGUACCAGCGAAAAUCGGCAGCAAAUAAAAUCCGUUCCAUUUUCGCGUGAGAAAGGUUUAAAGAAAUGUUUGAGGUAACUCCUCCUCCCAAUCUUCUGUAUAUAUUACUAGACUCUGCGAUGCAGUAAGAAAUAAAAAAAAAACAACACUUAAGCGAACAACACAUAUGAAAAGGUUACACACGUACACACGUAAUGCGGGGUACGAGAAAAGCAGAUGAAGGAACGCAAGCUGCAUAUAAAAAAACACAAGUGAAGACAAAGCAAAUAGAAGCUAUAAAAUAGCUUGAAAAAUUGAAAUUUAAUAAAAUUAAAUUUGAAAAAAGAAGCGAUGAAAUGGAUAUAGUGGAAGCAAAAUUAAGUAUAACCGUAACAAGAAAUCUAAUGUCUAGAGUGUAAAACUUUUUGAUGAGAAAAAACUAAGUAACCAUACCCUUUAGAUUUAAAAAUUACUGGAUGAAAACUAUAAAUAUUACAAUGAGAUAAACAUAACUACUACUAAAUCUUGCUUAAAAAUUCAAAAAUUUAUGUAAAGUGGUGACAUAAAAACACAGAACAAGUUUGUAAAUAGAGUAACUGGGCAGAGCAGACAAUGCACAUAACAAACGUUUAGGCUAAAUUCUGGGCAAAAAAUGGAAAUAGGUAAAACAAAAACACAAGUUUGGAUCCAACCCAAUAAAAAAGAGGAACUAGACGAGUUUGAGUUUAACUUUUUCGUUUCUACUUGUGUGGAGAGAAAAAAAACACACACACUUUCACAUUUUUGGCAAAGAUCGUUUCGGUAUCGUAGUUAAGCUUAGUUAGAAAUGUUUAGGCAAAAACGUUUUCAAAAUUAAACCAAUUUUUAAGCAAAAUUCUAAAUUCUAAAGUAAAUUUUCGUUGCUGUUUUUUGUUGGGCUAAAUGAAAAUUAUAACAAGUAGAAAGAGAACCAUCCGAGAAGGUACCUCCGCCAGAACUAUUACGCGGGGUGCAGAGUGAGGUGUUGAAACAAAAAAAUAACUGUGUCACCAAUUUACAUUGCACUAAAUAAUCGUCAAAAUUUACUAGCUAUUACGACUAGCAUUUUCGGAAAGCAUUUCGGCAUUUUUUCGGUCUUACAUACAAAUCUAUUAGUUUUCGGCGUACGUCAAAUCCCACUAACUAGACGCAAAUGGAAGAAAUAAAACGCGGCUAAAGCAGACAGUUUCUUAAAUUACAAUUUUUCAGCUUCUAACCAGGCUUAGCGGGUGGCGUUCGUUUUCUGUUGUACAACGCAGAGGCGGGCGCUGAAGCAAAACCACAAUCGCAUUUAAGCCUUUUUUUUAGAGGGGAGCAGAACGAACAUUCGGUUGAUUUCUUGUGUUGAAGGAAGAAUCGAUUCGUUGAAAAUAACUUGGUUUAAUUUUUUUUUUAACUUUUCGGUUUCACUACUGUUAUUUGCAAAGUAAAACAAGAACUUGCGUUAGAAUGCAAAUGCAAAAAUCUAUUUGCAUAGAAGUGUAAAGUUUAGACAUGUAAAUGAAUAAAAACUCAACUAGUCACACGUGCAACACACUCAGGUACAAUAAAAUAAAAAAAAAAACACAACUGUAAGCGUUUAACAUUAGGGAUAAACUUUUGCAAGCAAAAAGCAAACAAAAAACUUUUAACGUAAGGGUAACCCUUUGAAGUACAUCUGUAACAAAGUUAAUUACAAUAACAGUAACUUUUAAGUUUUUUCUCCUCCGAGGAUUAGUUUUCGUUCGUUUCCGAUGGCUUAAGUUGACUUGUGCAGGCUUGUUUGUACUAAACAAUGUGUAAUAGUAGAAAGCACAGAGAAAAACAAAGAAAAAAACAAAAAAAAAACAAACCCAAUCUAUGAGAAUAGUUAUAUAGCAAACUAAUGUUAAGAUAGACGAAGAAGGAUAUACUUAACGACGAAAAUACGUAAGAAGCCGAUAUAGCUUUUCAUGAACGAAAAAAAAACAGACUUACGAUACACAAUUGAAGAAAUUCAAAAUUGACGAAAACAAAAUCAAUCACCAAAUUGCACACACAACAGCAACACUUUUUUGCGGCGCAAUAGUUUUUUCGGAAUACUGAUUUUAGAACAUCUUUCGUUACUAACUCUUUAUGAACUAUGACAGUUUGCAAAAUAAAACAUGAAACAACAAAAACAACAACAACAACAACAAAACAAUGUUUGUGACUAAAACCACACCACUUUAGAGCUGCCAGCUGGUGCGUUUUCAGAAUUUUAGAGGCUCUCUUCGAAAAGCACGAUUUUUAUUUCCUAUGAAACGAUCAAGUUUCUUCCCAAAGCAGAAGCUAUUUAAUUGAGGCUACAACAACAAACCACAACAACAGCAUGGGAGCGCUAGAGUGCACUCAAAGAGGCUCACAAAUGCAUUUUGUGCCAAUGUUGCUUACUCGAAGGUGAAUGUAUCUGAGCGCCGGCUAGAGCAGCUCUGAACCGUUGAUUCUUUAAUAUUUACGAUAACCGGAGAGAAGUAAAAAAAAAACUCCAAGGAAAUCGCAGGUAACUGAUAUGCAAUAAGCUAGUCUAAUUUUGUUUGAAAGAUCCCCAAGAUUCACACCUCCCCAAUCGAAGUAUGAUCCUGGAAGCAGCGAAUAAAUGCCGGUGGGAGCAUGUGAUCCAGUUUGACAGCUCACCCAGUGGGAGUUGCGAGUUGAUCACAACCGCUGUCUAUUAACAGCUAUCAAUGUUUUAUCGUACAUUCUAAAGACUGCUGAUUACUAUUACCUCAUUUUUAUGUACAUCUAAAAUAGAUUUUACUUAAUUAAGUUUGUACUGAAAUACUGACACCACAAACCGUUGACAGCAUGUAGAGCAGCUGUCAAGCGCAGUCACCUCCCGGGGGUUCUGGAAACCAUCGCGUCAUUUAUUCGCCGUCUGCAAGAUCGCUACAAACAGCCUUAAUGAACUUAAAUAGUUUAUAUCGAUGAUACAUAGUGGAAACAGUUGAAGUAUAGAGUUAAGCUCAGUAUUCCUUGUUUUUAAUUUGUUCUUUUUCUUUACUGUUCGAUAAGACCAAUCCGCCUUCUGGAGGAUUCGAUGGGGGGCGGAAUGAUUUGCAAUAGUUACAGUGAAAAAAAAAGUUGACCGAUGAGAAAUAGUUUAAAUAAGCAAAGGGACGAAGGUAAAAUACAAUUUAAAAUAGACGAAUUAUUUAUUGAAAAUUUGCAUUUUUUCUUCAAAGGAUGAAAAACAGAAUCUUCAGAAGGAAAAAAACUGAUAAAUAUUUACAAUAUUUCUAAUGAAACAAACAGAUAGAAUCAUAUACAACAAACAGUUAACAGUACCCUUAUACAGUACUGACAAUAGUUCAUUUUUUUGUGUACAAUAGUUAAACAAAAUGGAUCAAACAAAUCAACAUACAUACAGCUUCCACAUAUGAACUUCAAACGGAUAUAUGUUAUGCACCGCUAAUAAUAAUAGACCAUGUCAGUUUGAUGGAUUUUUUUCGCAACCGAUGAAGCAACUUUUACACCAAUUCCAACAACUUUAACUUCACAUUCAUUCAUAGCAUACUCGCAAAAUCAGCAUCAAGUUUUGACGCAUUUAUCGUUCACUCCUUACGAAUGCCCGGUACCAAAAUUGGCAGGGUUUUUGAGCGAUAGUUCGGAAGUGACGACGCUACAUCAAACGAUGAUGAUAAUAAUAGUUAAAACGACGAGUAUUUAUUGUUAUUAUUAUGAGACAGCAUAUUGGCGGUAAACAUAUUCGGAAAAUAGUUACAGAUCUGAGCAAGUGUAGAUUUGUUUUACAGUGUGGCUUGCUAACUGCAAUUGUAAUAAAUUAUUUAUUUGUACAUAACCAAACUUACCAAACACACAUCCACAACAACGAGAGCAACAACAAAACAACAACAACAACCCUAGGACACAGACUACAGACACUACAGGACAUUGGACAUUCUCUAACAGACACUCGGACAUGCACUUAGAUUUAAUUGUGUUGUUUCAUAAUUUUCAUCGCACGAGUACCGCGUAUACUUAUCUAGUAACAAACAGUAGAAGCGUGGAGAAAAAGGGUCAUUGAAAAAAAAUCUAUAAUAUCUAGCAACUAGUUUCGAAUCCCACCGGUUAUUUGAUAGUUGAAAUAGUUUAAAGCAGAACUUUUUUAAUUUACUUUUCCCCAGGGGGUGCAUGCGCCGUCCGGGGAAAGCCAAAAUUGACUGCGUAGGCCGAUAUUUAGUAUUUAAAGUUUUCCAUUUCUUCUACCGAAACCCCCGAUCCGGAUUAGUUUACACAACAGUCGUGAGGACGAUGCUCUCUCUGUCCCUUGGAACCCAUGGGAAUCUUUACCGCAAACAACACAAUUAAUUUCCUCUUCUCGAACAACCCGGAAGAAAAUGUACGGAACCUUCAUCUGGACGAUCGAUCGUAACUUAGAAUAGCGAAGUGAUUACGUCGCUUUCUAUAAUAAUACCGAUACUAGUUAUCGAGCAAAAAGUAAAUCACAAAACAAAACGUUUAGGCCCUUACCUUCUAAAUUUUUACAGUUAGGUGUGUUCUAGAUUUUCUGGGUUUUGGGAAUUUUCUAUUAUGAACUUUAACAUAUUGGACAAGUUAGCACUUAGAGAACUACAAUGUUGAAUGGCAGCGAUUCUGCUGGGAGAAAAAAAAAACCUAUUCGGAAUUAUGUUGUAAAUCAGCUCUAUCUUACAUUAUAGGUUCAAUAAGGCAGUACUAGUGGGCGCAAAGCGUCCAUAUGGUUGACAGACGAAGAAGUAAAAAACUGCUUCAUCAAAGAAUCAGAUGUUACCAUUUAAUUUACUAUGAGUUGCUGCAACGCAAAUGUGAAUUGGGAAAAAAAUAAAAUUAAUAAUUUGAGUAAGAGAAUAAUACAAAUAUUGAAAAAAAUUAUGCAGGCUAAGCAAGAGCCCGCCGCCCCGUAAGGAGUUCACCAAGCGUACUAAACAUAUUAUUUUUCAAGUUCUAGACUAGGCAACACACUCUGAUAAGCAAGCGACAUUGGAAUUAGGCCCCAGUUGGCUGAAAUUGCGGUAAUAUCAGGCUAAAAAUUGGAGUCUAAACUAAAAACAAAAAUCGAAACAACAACAAAAAAUUGCCCUAGCAGACAUAAGCGAGAGAGAGAUGCGAAAACAUAAAUAUCAUCUAUAAGUGUCUUAGCGAAAAAAAACACUAGCUUCGUUAAGUCCUGGUUUCUACGUAAACCAGGAUGAGGAAGUAAGGCAAACACAAGGUUGCAAGAACGAAGUUGAAAAAAAAAUUGAAAACCCUUUCAUAAGUUAUUUUUAACUUAAUACUUUAUUAAGUUUUUGUAAUUUUACAAACCUUUGUUUUUUAAGUUUAUAAUUAGUCGGUUUAAGUUUUUCUUUUCUUCUGUGUUACAACGCGUGUGUAAGAAACUGAAUGAGUAAUCAAAGCCCACUUUUUUGGUCGGCCCCUCAGCCCAGUUUGCUGAGCAUGGGGUGCGAGCGAGAGAGAAAAAAAAACACGUCCAACUAUAGAAUUUCGCUUCACUGAUUAAUCGGACAGUUUGUUCACACACGCGCAGGCAACGGCAGUGUAGCAAGUGUAUGAGAGAAGAAGCAAACCAUAUUACUUUUGAUUUUAUAACGUCAAAGACAGAAAAAUAUAAACCCGAAAGUCGGAAAUAGUCACCUUUGUGUUUUUGUUUUUGGUAGAUUUUCCUUAUGUUGUUUUGAUUUACUCGAACCCCGAUGUAAUAUACAAAAAAUCCCUGCAAUUUCUUUCACUUUCCAUUUCUGUUAUUUGAUUCGAAUCAUUUCAUUUGAUAUAUUUUGGGUUCUCUUUAAAGUUUUUUUUUUAAAUUUUGUAACGAAAUUAAUAACCUAAAUCAAUAUAUAAUCAACUCUGGCUCCACUUCCCAGAGAGGUUAAGGUGAUCGAAGCGCCAAUGUUGUAGAACGUGGUGGCAUCGAAAGACUGGUUUGAGUCUCGGCUGUUGCCUAUCACUAAAAUGGUUUGUGAGCUUUCGUUUUAUGCUUACCUAUGCUUUUGUAGCUUGGUAAAAUAUGAUUAUGCGGAAUCGGUAAAAUGAAAACUAGUUGAAGCUCUAACUAAAUUAAGCACAAGCUAUUGAUUUGAUAUAUCUAAAAAUUUAAUUCUGGUAUAUUUGUUCCCAGCGGGUUAUCAAUAGAUCGUAAACUAGGGUUCAGGGUGGAAUCGUUUCCCCGAGUGAUAGCAAUUUAUAUAAUGGCGGUGGUCAACAAAAAAUAAACAAGAAAGUAUUGUUUUGUGCGUCUUUUGCUCCAGAACCUGGCAAUUUAAAUAAACCCUUGGAACCAAAUUCAAAAAUUUUAAACGGUAUUAUGGAACCGAGAGAGGUCUAAUCAGUUUGCUGGGUGAUGAUAUUUAAAUCAGAGAGAGCUCAUUUUAUUCCACUAAAUCGUACGUUUCUUUAAAGUAUGUCGUGAAGAAAUAGAUCUUCUUAAGCCGCUGUCCAUUAUCAUCUUUUUCGAGGCAACGUAUAUGGAUAUUCAAUACAAGUGAACUGAUUCCAGUUCUCUUCAACUAUUUAGACAAGCAAGAAGCCGUCAUAGCUCGGUUUAUGUUGUAAAUGCAUUGAGAAACCAUAUCUUUCAACUUUCUUCGCUGUAGAAAUAGGUGAGCUCAGCUGCUCUGAUUCGCGCAAAUACUUCUUCCAAAAUUUUGACUGUUUGCAAACCUGUCUGCAGGCUUGUUGUUCUCCUCAAUACGUGGAAAGUGCAGAGUGAAUAUUCACCGUUCACUUCUUACCCAGCAUGAGCGAUGCGUAUAGUAAUUUUUUGCACCAAACUGCUUCACUCUGCUUUGUGCUGUGUUUCUGUCGCUCGCAGAAAAAUAAUGCGAAAUGCACAGCUGAGCGAAACAAAAGUGGUGAAUCAUUUUAAUGACAAUGCACAGACAAUGGUGAGAUAAAUUCGAUAGCAUUCGCAGAGCAAACAUGCGUGACAGGCGACUUGAUUUAUUUACCACAAUCUACUUUCUUGGCUAGAUUUGCCCCUCAUUUGAUAUUUGCUAACUAAAACACACCGUAAGAGCACUGCAGUCAGUUUGUAGUAAUUGAGCGUAUUGUCCUUUCGCUCAGAUACACACGAUUCGCUGCUCUUUUCAAGCAAGUGCGUCGCUUUGCCCACCAGUGUGAGAGUAGUUGUUUUCGUAGUGGAAGAUAUUCGCUUACACACUAGUGAUUCUCUGAGCAGAAAUGACUAGCUUGUCUGUCGGAGUGGUGGCAGCUAUAUUUCAAAUGUUGUAUUAUUUUUUUCACUACAUAUUAUUGCGCGAAAAGGAGAGCUUGGAAAUGAAUCAUUCGAGCGCUCGCUGAGCAGUCGAUCGGCAUUAAUUUGAGUACGAAAAAAGCGCGGUAUUACAGUUUUAUGUUUUCAGACUUCAUACAUAAUAAAAUGUAGAUGAAAAGGAUGAGGAAGGAUACUAGGGCAAUUGUUUUGUCCAUAUUCUUACAAAUACAGUUUUUUAGUUUUUUGGUUGCUCUUCAUUUUAAAACUAAAACAUAAAACCGGGUUAGAAGCAGAUUAAAAUGAACUUUUUUAGUUUCAAAAUUAGUUUUAGGCACUUGUUGAUAUAUUUUAUUGAUAUUUUCUUGCAAAAUUGUCUUCAUUAUUCACACCAAUCAUUUUAAUUAGUCUAAGGUAACCCUUCUUUGAAGCGUGCAUGUAGAUACCUGAAUGAAAACAAACUCGGACACGAUUGACAGCAAGACGACGACAAGAAAGUACUGGACACAACAAUAGACGCAAGUGCUAGCCGUCCAUUUACCGAUUAAGCGAACUUGAUCGACACACUUCCUCAUAAAUGUUUUUUUUUUCUGUCUGGUUUCAACAUUCAUUACCAUUUAAUCUACAAAACCCUAGUUCAAAAAUUUCGUGUAAAUAGAGCGCACAUCACGUAAGGCUCAGACAAUAAACUGAGCCACUUAAUUUGUAGAAGUUGCUUUCACGUUCACACACAUAAACAACCACAUACACACAAACACACACGAACGUACAUUAAAAAAAAAAAUUCAUCAAUGUUACAAACCUUGUACAUAUAUAGCCACCUAUAGAGGGCGAGUGCAAAAGCAAAACGAAUCUCAGAUGCCGACUGUAUGACGAUCACUGUGUCGGUCGAAGUCAUAUUCGGAGUAGGAUUAAACAAACAAACAAAAAAAAAAACUCUUUAACCUGUGUAGCUGUACGCGUGAGAGUAAAUGUUUUAGAUGAAAAAAAAGAGAAACUGAUAUAACAUCAUUUAUGUGGCAACACCUGCAGCAUACAAAAAAUAGGAAACGCAUCCGCUGUUCUAUUAAAAAAAAACACGAAAAAUCUCAGCAAUACGAUCUCUACAUGAUAUCUAAAAUAACUCUAAAAUUAAUCAUUACUGAAGUAAGACUUUGGCAAUGUUCUUACUUUAAAAACUCUACCUUUAGGCGUAACGACUAAGAAAAUGAAAAUACAUAAAGUAUGACGAUGUUCAGAACCGUAUUGUAACGACAGAAGAAAAAAAAAAACGCAAUUUUGGACUAGAAUUUUAAUUUAUAUUUAUAUCGAAAUUAGAUUUUAGCGUUAUAAGUAACAAUUCCUUCAUAGAAGAUGGGCAUCAUACCAGUUUGCAAGUAGUUUGCUUGAAAAUUCCCCAAAAGAAGAAAAAAAAUCAAGAGAUACGAUCAGAAAGAAAACAUAAACCAUACUACCAGUUCACGAGAUAUAAAAAAUGGUAUACCACAAGAGGAGUCAUAAGUUUAAAGGAUGCAACUAUUGUUAGAAAACUAUCAUAAAGAAGAUGUGUGUAUCUGAGUAAUCCAAAACCAAAAACCCAAAAAACAAAAGCUAAAACCGACGGCAAAAUUUAAGAAUAAAUUUAACCCUUAGAUGUUUCGAUGUAGUUUGACAUUAACAAAAAAAAUGAUGGAAUCGUGCAAAAAAAAAAAUUUAAAUAAUUUUAGAAGAACGUUUCCACCAGCAACAAAAGACAAUUGUUUCAACAUUACCUUACACCGAGUCAUCGCGUUCAUUUGCUCCUGGCAACACUAACAGUAACAUCAACUCAUGUAAUGAUAUGUUUUCCGGUGGAGUUUAGCAGCAGUCACUUGCCAGCAAACACGCAAGCACACACACACAAACACACAAGUUUUGAUUCAUAAUCGAAGAAAAAAGUACAAAACUGUCUUGAAACUAACAAAACAAUGUAAGAAAAAGAAAGUGAGCAAAAUUUACACUGAUAAACAACACACUUUUCGGAAGUACAAAAUUUCAGGGUUCAAAUUAAAUCAAGCAUUAAAAAAUUAUAAAGAAAGCCAGAAUAGAAAUCAUAAGCGAAGUUUUACAAAAAGACAUCCAGUACGGAUACGGGCGCAAAACAAAAUCGGUUAUAUUAUUACGUGAGAGAUGAAAUCUAUUACCCGUGUGGCAGUAACAGUAGAAACAGUUUGGUUAGGCGGGACAACCGCUGCGAACGGAAAGGAAGAAAGGAAAAAAACAUACGUAAAUUUAAGAUUUAGAAACUAUGAUACUAGUAGGAAGACCACGUACACAUACUAUAAGUUGAAACUUUUCGGCAACUACUCAACUACAUACACACAGACUCGCGUUCAUCUGGGAUAAAUUCCUAUUCGCCUCCACACAGCAAAGCAAAGGAUCCAUUUUUCAAAACGUUAUUUUCAGUUCGAACUUCGUGUUUCAUUUCGGCAAUGUUUUUUGGAAUUGAAAUCACUGUAGAGAUCCACGUGUAGGAAAUAUUGGCGGAAAUAUUUUGUGUUGUGCUUUUAACAUAGUUUUGUUUUCUAAUAAAUUUCUACAUGUGCAAGCUUAGGGCGUUCCAUUUGGGCAUAGCCGAAAUACAUUUAAAAAGUAUACUCAAAAUCCCUCUGUAUACGAGUAAUAAACAAUAUAUUACAUAUUGGAAAAAAAAAACUUUCGGGCCUUACAACACGAACGAUGCGGCAAAGUUGCCCGCAAUGAGACGCCGAAAGCUCCACGCUUGUUUAGAAUGGUUUCGUUUUCCGUUGAUCUGUUUAAAUUCUGAUUGAUGAAGUAACAAACGAACACCAUCAGUGAACAAAAUAAACAAAAUUGAUUGGUGUUCAUUUGGACGCUCGAUCCAGCAAUCGACCCUAAAAACAAUAAUUUACAUUUCACUUUGUAACUUAUUUAUGUUGCACAGAACCUUGAUUACGUUAAUAUAUAAUUUACUUCUUAUUUCAGUUACUUGAUAGCAAUUGAUUAUGAGUAUGGAAUAAUAUUUAUGAUAUCUGUGAUUUUUAAAUACAAUGUAAUUAAAUAGUAAUAAAGCAAAUGGAUACUGAAACAAAAACCAGACAGCUUAUUGAUCACUGUAGUUUGUCAAACGGAAGGAUAUUCAGUUUUCUCGAGUGCUAGAAACCGAACGCGAUAUAUAGAUGCAACAGUUUCAACAGGAUGAUUAAACAUAUUUUGAUACAUUCACCAAUCGUCGCAGAGUAGGAGAAGCUGUGAAGAUUAUUGACAAACACAUACAUACGGUUAUUUGAUUAUUAAAACCCGAAUAUCUGCGUAUAUGAGGUAGUCUAGGCGGCACUCUCCAUUUUCCUUACGGGAGGGUUGGCGUGCCUUUUCAACCAGAUUCUAUACAUUCAAAUAUUUAUUAAACUUUCAAACUCAUCAUUAUUAACUGCUUAUAACAGUGAGAAACAACCACAUUCAACUCAUGUAUUUUAAGUAUACAUUUUUUUACGAGAAAAAAAUUCUAUUUCACACAAAUAGAAAAGGGAAAAUAAGUUAAAUGUAAAAACAACUGAUGAGGAAAGUCAUAUAUGAUCGCAGAAUUGCCAUAGAGGAAGCAUGAAACGAAUACUGAUAUAAGAAAAGUUCACGGUAAUAUGCAAAAUAAGAAAAGCAAAACAAAAUCACUGACAAACAUUGAUCCCAUUAAUUUAGAGAAAAGUGGAUGCAAAUAAUAAAUAAACAGAAACUGGAUAUGAUAAUUUAUAUAUGAAUAUUAUAAAAAUAAAAAUUAAUUUGUUGCUAUAAA